CGGCGUCUCCCCCCAGGUCGCACUUGGUACGUUCCGCCUCCAGCUGGCCGGCCUGGAAUCACGGCUCUGAUCCUCGGCCGGGACCGAACCGCCGCCACAGCCAUGGGAGACACCGGGAGCGAGCGCAGCAAGCCGCCCAGCCUCCCCCCGCGCUGCUCCUGCGGAUUCUGGGGGUCCAGUAAGACGAUGAAUCUCUGUUCUAAGUGUUUUGCGGAUUUCCAGAAGAAGCAGCCAGACGAUGAUCCCACCCCCAGCACAAGCAGCAGCCAAUCAGACUUAUUCCCCAGCGAGAUAAACAGCGACAACGGAAAUACCUCGAUAUCCUCGCAGAGCAGUAGUUCUAGCCAGCCUCUCUCCACAGACCUGAAUGUAGCCUCCCCCAGCCAGGAGGAAUGUGGGCCCUGCACAGACACAGUCCAUGUCUCUUUAACCACGCCGACCAAAAGAUCCUGCGACACAGAUUCCCAGUCAGAGGAGGAACCAUCCCCCAUGAAACGGCCUCGACUACUAGACAGCGACGAAGGGCCCAACCGCCCCAAACAGAAGAGCCGCCGCCGCUGCUACCGCUGCCAGAUAAAACUGGAGUUGGUACAACAGGAGCUGGGCUCGUGUCGCUGCGGCUACGUGUUCUGUAUGUUACAUCGCCUACCAGAACAGCACGACUGCACGUUCGACCACAUGGGCCGCGGACGCGAGGAGGCCAUUAUGAAGAUGGUGAAACUAGACCGCAAAGUGGGCAGGUCCUGCCAGCGCAUCGGCGAAGGGUGUUCCUGAGUGCCACAACCUCCAACCAAAUGCUGUUUCUCUUAGUUCACUAAUGUUAGCCUUAUUUAGGACAAAGUCAAGCAGGCUCUCACUACUGAGCAAGUGACAGACUACAGCCAGUCAGGUUCCUUCUUAUUUUAUUUUUUUUUAAACAAAAACUGUGCAGGUACUUUAAAAGAAUUUGAAAGAAUGGUAGUGGAUAAGCGUUGGCCAGGCAUCCGCUGUCGGCCAUUAUGAAACCACCAGAAACGUAUUUAAAGUUAUAGAUAACGCUGU